UCCGUUAAUACGAUAAACGGUAUUGGCCGGUAUGGUGUGAUUAUAUAAUUUAUAGAUAAAAUUAUAGGUUUGUUUGAAGUCACAGAAUGCAAAUGUUUUUGACUUAAAGUGUUGUUACAUAAACAUAGAUUUUAUUAAAAAAAUUGAUCUGGGUAAGUUUAGAUUUUUUUCGCAUGAAAGUUGCUUAGGAUCCAAGAAAAUGUAUACAAGAAUAGAUAAUAAAUUUGAACUCUAAAAAGUAGCAUCGUGUCUCAAUAUUUUCAAUAGCCCUGUCGCGACGAACGCGAGCCUCAACAAAAUAGCAGGUAAGUCUGUGCCUUAAACAGAUUUAAUUGUUUAUACUGGUAACACUGACAGAACAUAAAAAAGGUUUGAACGUAUCUUUGUCAGUAGGAGGUAGAAGAGACUUUUCCCCAAUGGAACAAUGUUCGUAGGGGGAAUCAGUUGGAAAGAAUAAAAGGAAGACCUGCGGGUGUAAAUCGGUGAGUGUUAGAAAUAUAGUUUCAUCAUUAUUAAGAUUAGAGAGAUGAAGGGAUAACUAAGAACGAGAAUUAGAAUAGAAGCAGCCAAGAAUAAGUCAAAUGGUUGUGAGUGGACAGGGUCGGGCUAUAAGGGGAGUUGUGGAGGCCCGCGGCGGAGAAAGAAUCUCCGCCAAACAAUCAGAAUAGAAUAUAGAUGGUAUUAGAAUUUAGAUCAGAAUAUAAAUAUAGAAAUCACUUCAUCUCUUACUCUUUAGUACUAUGUUGUAUAUGUUCAGAUGUAUCUUGUCGUUAUGUCUUGUUUCUACUCAGGCAUGGUUUCAUACUAGAGUAAUAAGGAAUAUUUACUCUGGUUGGCAACGUUACAUAGAUAUAGACGUCACGACAAAUUGGUGGAGAUGUUGUGCGAACAUAUUAUUAAUAAGCGAAGCAUAAGCAUGUUCGUUAGAAUAAGCACCUUUCGUUUUGCUCGGGAGGUUCCGAGGUAAAACGGAGAGGUAACAGAAAGAACGGUGGAGACCUAGAAACUCACAGAACGGUGGAGACCUAGAAACUCACAGAACGGUGGAGACCUAGAAACUCACAGAACGGUGGAGACCUAGAAACUCACAGAACGGUGGAGACCUAGAAACUCAUAGAACGGUGGAGACCUAGAAACUUAUAUACAGAUGAGAAGUUGAUGUACGUUUACACAUUGUUAGAAAUGCAAGAUGUACAGAGUCCAUAGCCUAGGAAUCCUAGUUUGGUCUCACAGGAACAGAACGUUUUUUCCUAUUUCGUCAUUCAGAAGAACCCUAUGCUAGGAAUCCUAGCUCGGGCUCAUUAAUAUAAUAUACGGAAGGAAAACAAUGACUAGAUACAAAUAAAUGUGUUUUAUUUAAUUGUGAAUUUAUUUUAUGUAUUUACUAGCUAAAUAAUGUAUUUUGAAGUGAUGAAAUAUACUUAACUCAAAUGAGCAGCGUACAUGUCACAGAUGUCGGAGAGUGUGAAAUCUGCUUAAAACCUCGAUAAGAGUUGUAGGCGAAAAAACGCCUCAUGCUCGUUAUGGUGGCAGCAGUGUAAUGGUUUGUUCUUGUUAGCAUAAAUUUAUCCGAACUAGUACUAAGCAACUGUCAUCGGCCUAUUUAGAAAUUAAGGGUUUUGUUAUUGGUUAUUAAUGCCAAUUACGAAAUGACAUAUGGAUUUGUAAAUGGAAACGUACUUGUCAGCUUUGGCGCUCUUUUAAUCUAAGAAUAACUUCAGUCGGUUACUUUGUAUAAAAAUGUUUGGUCUGAAGUUAGAGUAUGAAUGUUCGCAAUCGUAAUAAAAGGUAUCUGAAAAAAGAAAAAACUUGGUAUGGCUAAAUGGCUGAUUAAUAUUGUUUGUAAGCGAAAUUUCGAAGGAUACCAUUGCAAGUGUGUUUAGAUUAGUGGUUCUUGUAUGUAAUCCUGUUGUGAAAGUGCAACGAGUAUACUUUACCACAGAAGAUACACUGUGCUGUAGUUCUACUGUGUAUAAACAAAGCAAGGAUAUAAACGUAAGUUUUUUCUUAAAGUUUCUUACCAGAAUCCAGUUACCACGCCAAUUUGGCAAAACGUAUUUACGUAAUGUGUGAUGUUGUUUACUUGUGUAGCACUACACCGAAGUAGUUCAAAUAGUAUCUUGUUUAAAUUCUAAAAAAUUGAGUCUGUAGGACCCAGUAAUGAUUCUGCUUAGAGAAAGUCUAGUAAAUAAUGUUCUUGUGGUAUACACUAAAUAAAAUGGAUAAAAUAGGUGUAGGAUUGUAAGAAAUUAUUUGCUUUCAGUACAUUCAGAAUGGACGACGCCAUGUUAGUUCGUUUAGAACUUAUUCAUGAGCGCCUAUCGAACUUGAUGGCGCAAAGCACCGCCAUGGGUACGGUCACGGAAGAGAAAUUAGCUAAACAGAUUCAGCUCAUCGAAGAGUGCGACUCGAAACUCACUCAAGAAAUACAUUUUUACAUAGAAAAGUGCAGUCAAGUUUCCAGUGAAAGAUUAAAAACUUUUACCAAGACACAGUUUCAGUCGGAAGAAUGGAGGGUGGAAAUGAAAGCUCUGUUAAAAAAUCCUUCAGUGACACUUACCACUGCGAAGUUGCCAAAACUUGCCCUACCAAAAUUCAAAGGAGAAACUCUGCGAUGGGCAGAGUUUUGGGAUCGUUUUAAGAGUAAUGUACACGACAAGUCAUUGCCUGAUGCCGAGAAGAUGGCAUACCUUGUCGGCUGCCUAGAAGCAGAGGCCCUUCAGGCAGUGGAAGGCCUUGGUAUAACUGAAUUAAAUUAUAAUGUAACAUUAGAAAUAUUAAAAGAAAGGUUUGGGAACCAGCAAAAGGUUAUUGAUGCCCACUAUGAUGCCAUCAAUAAUGUUCAAAGGGCAACGCAACAUGCCACGGACUGCAGAGCAAAUUUGAAUAUGAUAGAGAGACAUUUAAGAGUCCUUCAAAGUUUAGGAGAAACCAUAAAUGGAAAUCAUUUAAGGUCUACCAUACUAUCCAAAUUCCCUGAGAAGGUGGUAUAUGAGUUACACUUGCUAACGCUGACGGAUAAUAUAGAUAAUAUACGAAGCGGACUACAAAAAAUUAUAACUGCAAUGGAAAGUGCUAAAGAAAGCCCUGUCCCAAGUAGUAGUGACAACAUUUCUACAGCAGCUUUACAUAUAACUACCCACCAGAAGAAAGGGAAGCAGGAAAACAAGAGGAUAUCCCAUAAAAGGGGGUUUCUUAAAAGAAAACUACCGGAGAAUACUGAGAAGAUGUCAAAAAAUAAGAAACCUAAGAUGGCUUGCAUUUUUUGCCAAGGCGCGCACUACAAUGCAUCCUGCACAGUGGUUCAGGAUAUCAACGAUAGGAAAAAGAAACUAGGCAAAAGAUGUUACAUUUGCUUCAAGGAAGGACAUAGAACAACAACAUGCCACAAUAGGAAGCCGUGCUUCUUCUGCAAAGGAAGUCAUAAUCAAGCUUUAUGUCCACAAAAGCCAGACGGCAAUAGUGGAGGUGGGGCCGAAGAACUCAAACAGAACUAAGACACGAAGGCUGAUUCUUGACAAUGGCAGUGGUCGCAGCUAUAUUACCAGGAAGCUUGCAAAAGAACUUGACUUAGUAGCGGAU